UUGCUUCUUGGCUGCAAAGGUGUUCUUCAACAGAAUGAACGGCUGAAAGGACCUCUAACACAGUUCUGCAGAUCUUUGGGGAAAGUCUGUGGCAGUGUCAUACUCCACAUAGCUGGGGGCAGAUUACAAAAUCUGAACACGAGUCGAACAGAUAUAAUUGUCGGACAUUAUCCUGCUGGAACUUCAGUACAGAACGUUCUUCAUUGGCAUCAGAUUUCAUACGCAGGCCAAUUUCAAGCUUAUGACUAUGGCUCUAAGGAAAACAUUAGGAAAUACAACCAGUCCACUCCUCCUGUGUACCAGAUAGAGAAGAUAAACAUUCCAACUGCUGUCUGGAGCGGGGGACGGGACAAAUUUGGAGAUCCAAAAGACAUGGCCAAGCUACUUCCUCAGAUUACUAAUCUCAUUUACCAUGACCAUUUUCCUGCUUGGGGACACCUUGACUUCAUCUGGGGCCUUGAUGCAACUGAGAAAAUGUAUGAGAAAAUCAUUGAAAUAAUGACAAAAUAUUUUUGA